UACAGUGCCUGAAAAGUGAAAUGUUUGAUCCUACUCAUGAAUGUUAAGAAAUGCAUAACGGAAGAAGCUUGGCUACAGAAAGCUUAAUAUGCGAACUAUAUGACUGUUUUGAACGGAAUUGACUUGUGUAGACAACAAACAAAACACAGACUAUUGUAAUCUCAGUUUCAACAUGGCUGAAAGGGGUACUGAAGGUUGGGUUAAGUUCUUCCGGGAAGCAGGAAUUCCUGCAGCAAUAGCUGCAGAUUAUGCUAUUACGUUCAAUGAUAAUCGCAUACAGAGGAAUAUGCUGUUGGAUUUGAACAGAGAAAUACUAAAGGAAAUGGGCAUUACGUUGAUAGGAGAUGUCAUUGCAAUAUUGAGACAUGCAAAAACAGUUCAUGACAAGAGAGCACGUGAAAGAAUUUUGGCUGCACAAUCAUCACCACAAAAGUCUGCAUCCCGUGGCCAAAAAGAUGGAACAGAGACAUCAGUAAAGGCAAGGAAACACAACGCAUCAAAAGAAUCAGGAAAACAGCCUCUCUCACUGGCUGCUCAAAAUGAAGUGGUGACUGUGGCCCCCAAAAAACGUAUUGCACCUGUUCAGUCUGAAAUUGCGGUCAGGCAGAAUGAAGAAGAGGAUACCAGCAUGGAGGUGGACGAUGAAAUAAAAGUCAUCACACCGGUUCAACCACCCACAAAGAAGGCACGCAUGGUUCUACCAGAGCAUGAAGGUGGUUACCGCAUCACCAUGCCUGCAGGCACGACACCUCGAAGUCGUGCCAUCCUUUCAAUGGCGAGACAAUCAAACAAGCACCGUGGAACAGUGUUCGACCGCCUGGGAGAAUGUGUUGUGUCGAGCACUACAGGAGGAGGGACUCCUCCGGAAGAACCAGCCGGUGCUGGAACGACAGUCAUUACUGUCACAGGAGUAACUCCCAGUCCGAACAAGGUAGGAAAUUCAGUAUUUUCCCGUCUAGGAGGAAAGAAAGCAGCUGCAUCACCUGUGGCAAAUUCAGCAACACCCAUGCGUGCUAUGAGGUCGAGUGGGCCAGUGUCGGGGCAGCUGCAGUAUGCAGGCAUACUUAAAAAGAAUUCCAAUUCGCCAUCAAGGAAAGGCACUAUUGUAAUAAAACAAAAAAAGACUGGGACCAUGCGAGCAGAUGAGGAAACAGGAACUGCAAAAGAACGAUUGGGACUGAAGGAAGAUGGUCAAAAAGGGAGCACACCUAUUGAACCUGCAGUGGUCAGAAAGAUUCUUUCAACAACAGGAAAGAUGUCUGCGGGAAUACUGAGCAAUCCAGAAAAUGCUACUACUCGGAGCGUGAAAACGAGGUUAGGUGUUACGAUAACUAGUAGACAACCAUUAAAACAGGCUGGCUUUAGACCGCGUAUUACUGGCCCAAGUAGUGAAAGUGGGACACCAGUCAUGAAGAUUGUACCUGGAAUAAGAAAUUCUUUUGGCAGGAGUUUUGUCUCUCGAGGUGGCAGCCAGUGGAGGGGCGGCAGAUUUUCAUCAAGACUGGCAGGGAGGCCCAGUUUUAGGCGCUAGUUCCUCUCGUAUCGAGACUGUAAUAUUCCUUGUAUGCAAAUGAAUCUGUCGAUAAUAAUAGAAUGAUUGUAAUGUUGUAUAAUUCAAAAGAAUGAAGGCUCUUGUCACAUGGAGUGUGGGGCAUUUUAUGGAAGUGAACAAUAACAGGCUGAUUCCAGGAUGUGUGGAGUGAAAAAUUGGAGAUACAGCCCACUCUGUCAGAUAAAAGUAUACUUGUUAAGCUCUGUAUUACUAUUAUUACAGUAACUAUUUUUCUAAAGAUCUGUUAAUGUAUGCAUGAUUAUUGAUAAAGGAUACAAUGUCCUAUUCAUUUCAGUACCCUUUUGCAAAUAUAAUGGCAUGUUAACAGGAAAUCAAAAAGAAUGCCAACAAAAUUUACUUUUAUGUGGUAAGAUGUGCAGUUGAAAUUUUUGUGGACCACCAUCUGCUGUUUAAUUUUUAUUCUACUUCUUCUUCUUUGCUGCUUUUAAGUGCAUAACAGUUUGACAAAUGUAUGUAUUGAAUUUAAGAUUGUGUGGCAUCAUCUACUCAUAAGUAGAAAAAAUGAGACAUGUUUAAUAUGGUUUGCUUCUCCUUUUCCUUCAGAAAAUUAAAGCAGUCUAAGUUAAGAAAAUUAAUCCCCUAAAGCAUCUGAAAGUCUCUUGUUGUAUUUCAAACCAUGUUAAGGAUAGCUCUAAACUGCUCUACUUACCAAACUAACAUGCUACAAUAUCUGUAACAUAAUUUGAAUUGUAUGUUUCAUUAGCAAAUCCUAAUCAUGUAUUUGUAUAUACUUUAGUCUGAAUUGCUUGUGUGCAGAAUAUUGCCAUUUGUGUUUCAUUUGUGUAUACUUUAGUCUGAAUUGCUUGUGUGCAGAAUAUUGUCUUUGUCAUUUACAGUCUGUCCUAGUUUUCUGGGACACAAUUGAAAAUAGAAUCCUGAAAAUUUUUUUGCCUAAUGAUGUGAAAUUAGAUCUGAUUUGUAGUCAGUGAUGAUACUCCAGAAACUAUUAUACCUUGUUUCACAAGUAAAAUGUCUGUCUUAUAUAAUGCUAUUCAUUCGUAGUAUACUGAAAUUGCUUACAAAUUUUUGGUAACUUAGGGGGUGGUUUAUUGCAGGUAAAGGCUUUGUCAUAAUUUCACAAGUACAUCUUAGUUUUCUUUCCUUGAAUGUAAAGGAAUUAAAAUGUGUAUGUAAUUUGUCAGCUAUUAUAUAUACGUAUCAUAUUUCUGUUUUUAUUUAUAAUGAUUUCAGUUACUUAUUAUGUUCAUUGUUCCAUCUUUUUAGUGUUUACCUGCUACCUUUUUUUGUAUUUAUUAUGUGUUUUCUCAGAACCAGAGCAUCUGCUUGUUUUUCACAAAGGUAAUUAUGUUAUACAGAUUUGUAAACUGUUUCAGAUGUUUGUAAUUUUUAUUUGAAGUGGGUGAGAAUUUCAUUGGAAUUGUUAAUAAUAAUAAUUUAGUCCUUGAAUUACAGUUUUCUUUUAUUCUCAAUGUUUUUGUUCCAAAUGUCAUAUGUGCUCUUGUAUGAUGGACUGAGUUAAAAGUAUUUGCUUACAAAUUUAAUUUUUAUAAAAAUUGCAUAAAUGGACUUGAGAUGUUGUGUAUCGGGAGUGCAUCAAACAGUUUUUCUUGCAUUGUUAUUCAGUAUACUAUUAAAUAUCUUUAUACUUCAGUGCAGUGCCAAUAUUUAAUUGGUAAAAGUGUAACAAUCUAAUAACACAAAGUAUCACAAAUCAUGCAGAAAAUGGUAUGCAACUUG